AUGAAAGAUGACAAUGAAGAAAUUAUGAAAUUAAUAGAAGAAGAAGAAGAAGUUAAGAACUAUAAUGAGCAAAGGAAUGAACUAAGAUUAAAGGCAAAAGAGUCAAUACAAAAGAUCCAAGAAGAGAACGUUAAAAAUUAUAAUAGAAAAAGAAAAAAGGCUACCGAAUACAAAGUUGGAGACACGGUUGCUAUUAACCGAACACAAUUUACUCAAGGAAGUAAAUUUACCUUACGCAGUGACAGCCAAAAAGCAUCAUGA